AUGAAGAAGAGAUUCGUAGGUCGAUCUCACCAGAAGAGAACGGAUGAAUCCCGUUGUACUGCAGCCGUUGAGCUUUUAUACGACGUUCAGGUUGAUAUAGUCCACGACAUCUCCCUCGUUUCGGGUGAAAACGGGCUGAGCUCAGCCAGUGGACUGCGCCAACCUGAACGUCGUACAACGGGAUUCAUCCGUCCUCUUCUGAUGAAAUUGACCUACGAAUCUCUUCUUCAUGCAUUUUCAUAA